AUGCUUCAUGCUGAAAGUAGAGUAAGGCUCUUGGAGUGUCAGGAUGAAAUCACAAUUGAACCAUGUUCUAAAAAAAUGAAGUCAAUAGAAGAGGCUUACAAGCAGCUCUGUGACGAUGAUAACCAAGGUAUUCAGGAGGAAGUAGACACUGAGAGAACAUCAAAUGAUUUGAUACCAGCGUAUGCCUCAUAUAACCAAGGGCAACAUGAAACGCAGAAGCAAGAGAAAAUACCUACUGAUGUCUUGGGAACACUGAAGGAAGUGCUCCCUGAAAAUAAUCUGGUGCUUAGUCAGUCAGUUGAUUCACAAACUGUGCAGAAUGUGUAUCUUCCAUGUGCAUUGAUAAAUGACACUAAAGUUGAAGAAAAGAAAGGCCCUUUCAUUACAAAUAAUGCUGGUGAAGAUAAUACUGAAAAUAGCAGUACAUCAUUCUCAGUAAAUAGAAAUGCCUCAAAUGAAGAGUUUUUUACAAGCAAAGAAUUUAUCGGACCGAUUUACAAGCCUGCCGAAAGUAACAAAGAGGACAAAUCUGGCAGUUGCAAUGAAUGUAGAGUCAGCGAGGGAGAUCAGAAUGAAUUGCAUGAAAACAGAGCUAAAAGAAAGGAGGCAAAGAAGAUGCAGACUAUUUCUUCUGCUGUACCAGAAAUAGAUGAUGAACUGGACCAGUUCUAUAAAGAAAUUCAUCAGCUGGAAAAUGAAAAUUUAGAUGUUAAUUUUCAGGAAAAAGAAACUGAAACUUCUCAGGAACAAUACUCUCCAUAUAACUGCAGUCAGACCUCACAAGAGGAUUAUCAACGUGUAUUGUUGGGCAGCUCACAACCAUUUCAUGAGAAUGGACAAUGUUUCUUUGGGGAACAGAACAGUCAGAAAACAAGCAAUGAGCAGCAGUUUGUCAUGGAAACAAGUGGCUGGAAAACUGAAAAUACCUUUAAUGGACAAGUAGCUUCUAAGUAUUGGAACUACUCAGUGCCUGAAUUCAGACCUGCUUGGCAGUCAACAGAGUCUUUCGUAGUACCUCAGGGACCUCUUCCUCCUAGAUUCAACCAUCAAUCACAUUUUCAGAUACUUAAUUCCCCACCACAAAAACCAAAUGCUCUCCCUUCUCAGAAUGGUGAACUUUCUUACAAAAAUUAUCAUGGUUACCAUGGAAAUACUGAUAUCAACAGUCAUAGUCCAUUGCUUGAUCACAGUACUAAUUAUGCUGGUCAUAUUGAUGUCCAUACUACUCAGGUCUUCAGAAAUGGAAAUAAUGACCAGAAUGGACUCCAAAAUAAUGGUUUCUGUGAAACCAGAGAAGAGUGUUGGAAGGAUCCAAAAGCUGACAAUACAGCAGGAACGCACAGCUUUUCUUCCAUGCAGUUACCUGAAGAAGGAUUCGGUUGUUCACAGAAAUUGCUUGUCAUCUUAAGAGGCCUACCUGGUUCAGGGAAAUCAACACUUUCUCG